GACUCACAAGUCUGGACAAUACAUCCCGAGGAAACAGACAGGAAUGUAAAUAGCAUUGAUAUAUCUUAUGCUCUUUAUAACAACAAACUCACCCGGCAGAUGAGUAUCCUGUUCUACAAACUCGCUUGAGAAGAAAAAAUACAUAACACAAAAAGCAGCAUCUAGCACACAGAGCAACCAGAGAAAACCACAAGCCUUUAAAUAGAUGGCUGAAAAAGAGAAGUGUGAAGUGGACGGAGAUACACAGAGAGAGACAGAGGGAGAAAGAGCGAGAGCAGAAGUUUACAUCAGCCUCUGAGAAAAACAGCCACCAGCGCUGCUGUGGGACCGCAGUCAACGCUCUAACCUCACUAACCUGGGAUUUACUCACAGCAACGGCUACACAAAGCAGGGCGGACAAAGACGGGACGGGGAGAAGAAACUGAGGGCUGCAGAUAAAGGAAGAGGCGAGUCAUUCGUAGGAAAAGAGGGUCGCCAGCCAUGGGGAACCUCAUUAAGGUCCUUGGCAAGGAUUUAGAGAACUGUCCACAUUUUUUCCUGGACUUUGAAAGGGGCUCAUGGGAAACCUCCUGAAAGUGCUGGCUUGCGCCGAACUUGAGCAUGGCCCAAUAGUUUUCCUUGACUUUGAACAUGCCCAGCCCACGGAGGCAGAGACAGCCGUGUGGAACCAGGUCAGCGCCGUGCUGGAGGAGGCUCAUGGGAUCCUGGCCGAGCUGCAGUCCUAUAAUGGCGCGGGCCAGGAGAUACGAGAAGCCAUCCAGAACCCAGGCGACCUCGCUCUGCAGGAGAAGGCCUGGAACGCAGUCUGCCCCCUGGUGGCCAAACUGAAGCGGUUCUACGAGUUCUCCCUCCGACUGGAGAAUGCCUUGCGCAGCCUGCUGGAGGCGCUGACCAGCCCGCCGUACGCUCCCAUGCAGCACCUGGAGAGAGAGCAGGCCCUGGCCAAACAGUUCGCUGAGAUCCUUCAUUUUACGCUCAGCUUUGAUGAACUAAAGAUGACAAAUCCAGCCAUUCAGAAUGACUUCAGCUACUAUAGAAGGACUAUAAGCAGGAACAGGCUGAACAACCAGCAGCUGGAAGCGGAGAACGAAGUUAACAACGAGAUGGCCAAUCGGAUGUCCCUGUUCUACGCUGAAGCAACACCAAUGCUGAAGACUCUGAGUAAUGCCACCACCAAGUUUGUGUCAGAGAAUAAGACCCUGCCCAUCGAGGACACCACAGACUGCCUGAGCACCAUGGCCUGUGUGUGCCGUGUCAUGCUGGAGACUCCGGAGUACCGCUGUCGGUUCACCAACACAGACACCAUGCUGUUCUGCAUGAGGGUGAUGGUGGGAGUCAUCAUUCUCUAUGAUCACGUUCACCCCGUCGGGGCCUUUGCCAAGACCUCCAAAAUCGACAUGAAGGGCUGCAUCAAGGUGCUGAAAGAGCAGCCGUCCAACAGCGUGGAGGGACUUCUGAACGCACUGAGGUAUACGACACGGCAUCUAAAUGAUGACAGCACCUCCAAACAAAUCAGGGCCCUCCUGCAAUGAGGAAGAGGAGAGCGGAGGAGAGAGGGGAGGAGAGAGGGAGAGCACUUGAAGGAGGAGGAAAAAAAAAGCGGAGGAGGAAACAAGCACCAGUGGCUGAUAAACCUGUUUGUUUACAACGAACAAAGAAAACCAACUCCAGGUUAAGAAAGACCUGUUGAUACUAAGAAGAGGAAAAUAAUUAUAUAUAUUGUCAGCUGUCCAUCAUUCUGUCUCUCAUUUUGUAAAGUAAGAAAAGA